ACUGAAAGCAGUUUUUGGAAUUUUCAUAAAUUUCAUUUUACUGAGUACAUACUCAGUAAAAUGAAAUUUAUGAGUGUUGUUUUGAAGCUUUAAUUCGUCUAUAAUUCUAAAGUGCGGCCAGUUUAUUCGCGGACUAAAUGUCAGGCAAAAAAAUGUCAGGUCGUUCGCUCACUGAACGGCAAACGAAUUUAGCGUAAUAAAAAGUAGGAUAUCAUGGUUUCGACACUCGACAACGUCAAAAAUUGCCGUAAUGAAAAUUUAAUUCUAAGCGUACAGUUAUGGACAGUAAAUUGAUGAACACGAUAAAAAAUAUAAUUAAAGUUUUAGUGUACCUAAAACUUGAGAGUAACUUGAUAUGGAUCCAAUAUAAGAGCGCGACAUGUAAAAUCAACACGCAGACAUAGCCAAACGCAUUGGAGUUUAGCCAUGGCCAUGGGUGGUGCUAUGGAUAGCUGCGGGCGGUGUAUGAAGGUCUCUCUCGUCAUCAUCAACGUAUUGACACUUAUAGGCGGCGCGAUAGCAUUAGGAAUCGGGGCAUGGAUCUGGGUGUCCCGCUCGUUCCCCAGCACGCUGAUGAUGAACAACAUGUUCAUCGCGUCGGUGGCGGUGAUCGUGGUGAUGGGCGCGGCGGUCAUGCUCCUCUCGCUACUGGGCUGUUGCGGCGCGGCGAAGGAAGUCAAGUGCAUGCUGUUGACGUACUACAUCCUUAUUUUCAUCAUCUUCGUGGUGAUGUUAGUAGGUGGGAUCCUACUUUUCGUGUUCAAGGAAAAAGUUAGUUCUACUCUGGAACGAGAGAUGCACGCCUCCAUACCCUAUUAUGGCGUAAAGCACGAGUACACAAAGGCUUGGGAUGAUACACAGACAUACCUGCAGUGCUGUGGUGUCAAGAGUUAUAAGGACUGGAACGAUAACGUUCCCGAGAGUUGCUGUCAAGAAGUUUACCCGGGCAAAAGACGGGAUUGCAAGUAUUCCCAGAACCCGACGACCAUGUACAUGGACGGCUGUUACAGUAAGACGGUGGACUUGCUGCGGGAAGACGCCGUCUACGUCGGGGCUGUGGCCAUUGUUGUGGCUUUGAUUAUGGUAUUGGCGCUAAUAUUUUCGUGUGGAUUGUUCGUGAAAAUAGAGUGA